AUGCGUCAACACGUCAGUAUGCUUAAGUCCUUGGGAGUCAAUGUCGGCGAGGAAAUGUUGAUCCGCCUUCUCGAACACGCCUUGCCCUCUAGUGUCGUCACACGCUGGGUUGAUCGUUUGUCAAGCGACAAAGUCGCCAAAUUAGAAGACCUUUAUACUUUCAUUCAGGAUACUACUUUCAAACUUCGUCAAUUAGAAACGAACGCAUCAGCUUCGCAUGUGUCAAAAAAGAGGGCAGGAGAAACCACCGGACGCGGUCCGAAUAAAACGCAGAAGGUAGAUGCGCGUAUCCUUACCACUACCACCGACACCGAUGCGUCGAGUAACGCGUGUCUCAAAUGCGGUCAAUCACAUCGCUUGUGCAAGUGCUCUGCGUUCAAAGAGCUCAACCUCAACGAAAAGUGCCGUUUCGUCAAUCAGCAUAAAUUAUGCAGAAACUGCCUUUACGUUCACCCCUCUGUUUGCGACAGUACCAAGAGAUGUCGGGAACCAGGGUGCAAUCAAGCGCAUCACACUUUACUUCAUCCUCAUAAAAGAUCCCAGAAUCUCAUGGCUACCGAAAUUUUGAAAUUUCGAACUCAACAAGGAAGUUAUCUCAUGGCACGUGCAUUGUUAGAUUCUUGUUCAAACGCUAACUUGAUGACUCAAAAUUUCCUUGAUCGCUUACAAUUAACAACUAAACAAUGUUUCGUUAAUAUUGGAGCAGUUGACGAUUCGAGCACUGUUUUAGAAAAAUAUACUAUAGCUACCUUUUUUUCUACUUACAACAAUACAGAACACAAUUUAAAUUUCUUGAUAGUACCUACAAUAGUUGAUAAAGUGCCCAAUGAGACUUUUCCUCGAGAAAGGUUCAAUAUUCCAAAAAAUAUAAACUUGGCCGAUCCGCAAUUUCACGCGCCGCGAUCUGUCGAUGUUUUAUUAGCAUCUGGUCCCACAAUAGCUUCUUUGGAAAUAGGCCAGAUAAACUUAACUAGUAGUAGUUCCAUGACCACUCUCCAAAAAACCUCGUUUGGUUGGAUAGUCGCUGGAGGUUCAGACGUCAAUGGGCCUCUCGAUUCCAUCUCGUGUAAGGUCGUAAAAUUGGAUCAGCUGUUCGAGAGAUUCCUCACCAUCGAAGACCUGGAUUACCAUCCUGUUAAAUCUCGCGACGACGUGGUUUGCGAGGAACACUACGUUCAAACUGCCACCAGGGACGAGUCAGAUCGUUACGUCGUUCGAUUGCCGUUCCGCCUCGAGAAAUUUGAAUUAGGUUCCUCCAAACAGCAAGCGUUAAGCAGAUUCCACGCCCUGGAGAGGAAGUUCAAGGCGAACCCUGCAUUCCAGGCCGAGUACGAGAAGGAGCUCAAUGGAUACCUAGAGCUCCGUCACAUGACUCUGCUAGAGGUAGACGACGAAGACGGGUACUAUCUCCCUCAUCAUGCGGUUAUCAAAGAGUCUAGCGAUACCACGAAGUGUAGGGUAGUCUUUGAUGCAUCCGCAAAAACCUCCACCGGAAUUUCGUUGAACGAUUCCUUGUUGACAGGGCCUACCAUUCAGCCGAAACUUCAAGAACAACUCGUUCAGUUAAGGUCUCAUUUGUUCGCCGAAACUGCAGACAUCGAGAAGAUGUACCGCCAGGUGUUGAUGCAUCCAGAGGACCGGAAGUUCCAGAAAAUCCUGUGGUACCAUGAGGGUGAAAUUCGUACUUUCGUUCUGAACACCGUGACUUUCGGCGUUAAAUGCGCUCCCUUUCUAGCUAUUCGAACGCUGGUUCAGCUCGCUCUCGACGAAGAAGCCGACUUUCCGCGGGCUUCGAUUCUCCUUCGCCGCGACUUCUAUGUCGAUGAUUUCCUUUCAGGUGCAGACACGCUGGAGGAACUCCUUGCCAUCCGAGACGAGAUGAUCCAGCUGCUGGCGAGAGGAGGUUUCACCAUUCGCAAAUGGGCCUCUAACCAUCCAUCAGCGUUAGACAACAUCGAUAAAAAGAUUUUUGAUUUGGAUUGCGGAAUCCAAGGCAAUCCCAUCAAAAAGACUCUUGGGAUCGUCUGGGAUUCUCAACGCGAUACUUUCAUGUAUUCGGUUGAUCUCGAAGAUCCGAAACUCGUUAAAACUAAGAGGAGGCUGCUUUCCCAAAUUUCAAAAAUCUUCGAUCCCUUAGGUUUAAUCGGACCUCUAGUUCUCUUCACUAAAGGCUUGAUGUCAGAUUGUCAUAAGGCAAAAAUUACUUGGGACGAGUCGCUUCCUCAGGACAUUUAUACAAAGUGGGUCGCGUUAGCCGAACAACUUCCCCAAUUGACAAAAUUUUCUGUACCUUGA